UGGUCAAGACCAAACAUGGGGUGGCAGAAGCAAUAUUGUAGGUGUAUGAACUAGUAGAGAGAGCUUAGUCUCUCCUGGGAUGGAAGUACUGUUUUGGGUGGGUGGUUUGUCUGUGCGUUUAUGCCGCCCAUAAUCAUAGGCCACCUAGCCAUUUCAAAGAGAAAUGCAGCACAGGACACUGACAAUCAUCUCUGACUGCAAAGGACUACCACCAGUCAAAGCACAGUAUGGAUCUGGACAAUGCUGAGCAGUAUGCCAGCAACAGAGGGGAACAACAGAAUGUGGCAAUGCAACUUAUAAACAAGUAUGUCCAGUGGCAGGAUGGUGACCUUGUACUUGAUGUCGGGUGCGGAACAGGAGAGGUCACCAAGUUCAUGGCCCAGCAGACUGGGAUCAAGGCUGUGGUCGGAUUCGACUUGUCAGACAACUUUGUUCGUUUUGCUACGGAGCACAAUUCUACAGACAACACAUCCUUCUGCGUUGCUGAUGCUUCAGACGCCGCAGCCAUGAGGCCUGAGUGGAAGGGUUACUUCACCAAAGCCACCUGUUUCACCAUGCUGCACUGGAUCCAGGACAAACGCAGCUGUCUGCAGAACAUCUGUAGCUGUCUGCAGCCAGGUGGUCAGCUGGUGAUCAACUGUCUACUGGACACCGCAGGGGUCAGCGAUAUUGACCUCCCCAACUGGAGGCAAUACUUAAAGGAUUUCAAGUACAACCUCCACCCCUGGCCUAGUAACAACAUCCAGGGCAUGCAGUCUCUACUGGAAGAGUGUGGCUUCAAGGUCAACGAAUGUCUGGGUCAUCCCGGACCCCCACAGGACGAACCAUUAGAUGAGGAGGGGUGGAAGGGUGUGUUACGUCCAGUCCUGUCCCAACUGAAGUACAUUCCAGAGGAGAAACAGGAUGACUACCUGACAGAGUACACCUCAGCUGUCAUGAAGAGGGUUCAGGAACAGAAGGGGCAACCUGAACAACUGGUGGCUCAUGCUUGUAAAAUAUAAUUCCUCACAGAGCAUUCCCACUCA